AUGGCACUUCAAUGCUCUAUUGUGUUGCUCAUCUGUGUCUUUUUCACCAAAGCACUGGCGCUAGAUUGUUAUGGAUGUUACCUAGACUCUGAAACUGGAAUAUGCACGACAUACACAAAAGCUUGUGAAUCAGAGUGUAGCUCCAUGACCACAACCGCAUACGCAGGUGAGAUUAAACACAGUCAAAUCCAGAAGUCUUGUGGAGGUCCCUCUGCGUGUCUCACCGGGAGUAUAAAUUAUGGACCAAGCAGAGUGACCAUCAACUCUCAAUGCUGUAAAACACAUCUCUGCAACAGUCAAGAUGCACCAGAUUUGCCACGUAAGCCCUCUAACGGAAAGACUUGUUUCACCUGUGAUGAUUCCACUUGCUCAAAGAUUUUGCAUUGUGAAGGUGAUGAGAACCAUUGCUUCACAGUGACAGCUGAGGCGAAUGGCAAGCAGAUCACUCUCGGUGGAUGUUCCAGCAACCUGUUCUGUGGGAACUAUCCAUCACGUUUGAAUGACUCACGUAUAUUUGGCCGAAGUAUAAGUUAUAACAUGAAAUGUUGUGAGGGAAAUCUGUGUAACAGCGCCCAGAGCAUGAGUGGUUUCUUUUUUCCGCUCAUAUCUCUAAUUUUCCUACUUUUCAUCUAACCCGAGAGUUCAUUAGAGGGCACAAGAUGUGGUCACACAGGAGCUGCAUGUCUGUGGACAACAAAUUAUAUAUCUCUAUUCCUCUAUUUUCUUUGUGUCAUUAAGUAACACUGUUUGGUUGCACUUGGUGAUGACUAUAAACCACCCACAGAAGACCAGCCAGGUUUAUAGCCUCUAUAUUUGACUGUAUACAGCAUCUAGUUAGCUUUCCCUGCUCAUUUAAAAGAGCAACACAAUGUGCUCUCUUUCAAUUUGAGUUAUUUAUACAGUUGAUCAAGGAAGUGUAGUUGUUGAAUUUAGCUUAUUUAGAAAAAUGUACCUUUUUUAGGUCACUCAUAAAUUUUAAUUCUAUCAUCAUUUACUCACCUCCGUAUUGUUCCAGAUCUGUACACAUUUCUUUGUUCUGGCGAAUAGAAAGAUAUUAUUUAUAACCAAACGGUUCUAGUAGGAAAACAUACUUUUAAAUUAUGAUUAAAAUUUGAACACCAAAGAAGAUAUAUAGAAGAAUGUAGGACAGUUCCUCACACUGUUCUCCAAACAGUUCUGGGGCACUUUUAACUACUAUUGUAAUU